CGGCGCUGGCGAGCCCACAACAGUCGCAGCCAGCGGUCCUCCCCUCCGUGACACUGCGAGGCAGCGAGCGCGCAGCCCGCGGCCGAGCGCACCUGGGCAGCAGCGCCUGAGCUUUCACCGCGCCAUGUUUCAACCCGCCGAGCACGCCCAGGACUGGGCCAUGGAGGGUCCCCGGGACGCGCUCAAGAAAGAGCGGCUGCUGGACGACCGCCACGACAGCGGCCUGGACUCCAUGAAGGACGAGGAGUACGAGCAGAUGGUGAAGGAGCUGCGGGAGAUCCGGCUUGAGCCCCAGGAGGCGCCGCGCGGCACCGAGCCCUGGAAGCAGCAGCUCACCGAGGACGGAGACUCGUUCCUGCACUUGGCCAUCAUCCAUGAAGAGAAGGCAUUGACCAUGGAAGUAGUCCGCCAAGUGAAAGGAGACCUGGCCUUCCUCAAUUUCCAGAACAACCUGCAGCAGACUCCACUCCACUUGGCUGUGAUCACCAACCAACCAGAAAUUGCUGAGGCACUUCUGGAAGCUGGCUGUGAUCCUGAGCUCCGAGACUUUCGAGGAAAUACCCCCCUACACCUCGCCUGUGAGCAAGGCUGCCUGGCCAGUGUGGGAGUCCUGACUCAGACCUGCAGGACCCAGCACCUCUACUCCAUCUUGCAGGCCACCAACUACAAUGGUCACACAUGUCUACACUUAGCCUCUAUCCAUGGCUACCUGGGCAUCGUGGAGCUUUUGGUGUCUUUGGGUGCUGAUGUCAAUGCUCAGGAGCCCUGUAAUGGCCGAACUGCCCUCCACCUUGCAGUGGACCUGCAGAAUUCCGACCUCGUGUCGCUUUUGUUGAAGUGCGGGGCUGAUGUCAACAGAGUCACCUACCAAGGCUACUCCCCAUACCAGCUCACCUGGGGCCGUCCAAGUACACGGAUACAGCAGCAGCUGGGCCAGCUGACCCUAGAAAACCUUCAGAUGCUGCCAGAGAGCGAGGAUGAGGAGAGCUACGACACGGAGUCAGAGUUCACAGAGGACGAGCUGCCCUAUGAUGACUGUGUGCUUGGAGGCCAACGCCUGACGUUAUGAGCUUCAAAAAGUACCUAAAAGAACAUGGACUUGUAUAUUUGUACAAAAAGAGAGUUUUAUUUUUCUAAAAAAAAAAAAAAAAAGAAAGAAAAAAAAUCAAAAGGGGUUACUUACAACCAUACUUCACACUGCGUGGCCUGAACAUUUACUGUUCUGGAUCAGCCCCCAUUUUUUUUUUUUUUUUUUUUUUUUUGGUGAACUUUGGAAGGGGGACAAAGAAGAUCGUUGGAAUUCAAAGAAAACCACUUUCAAGCCUCACCUCUCUGGGGUUUUUGGAGAAGGUUAUCCAAAAAUGUGAUGAAAGGAUUACAUUUUAUUUAUUGUGCUUUUGCCAUUGAGUCACCAUGGAUUCCGUGGCUGAGCUCAGUGGUAUCCUGUGACGUGUAACAACCAGGUGUGUUGUUCAACCUUUUGGCGGUGUGGGGUUAAAAGUCACUACCUAUCAAGGUUUGUGUUACCCUCCUGUAAAUGGUGUACAUUGUGUAUUUUGUUGGUAAUUAUUUUGGUACUUCUAAAAUGUGUAUUUAUUAAACAGAUUUUUACAAACAGAA